CGUGUAAUAGAUCGAUGGAUCGAGAUAGAGACAGACAAAUUAUUAGCUAGUACAGUAGAAUCAUUCAUUGGGUCUGAAGCAAACUGACUAGCCCCACGAAUCCGAUUCCUUCGAUCGGUAACCAUGCAACAAACGUGCGUAACGGUUACUCGAGCUAGCAUCAAUCUGAUCUAUAUAUUUUUCUGUCCCCGUCCGUAUAGAUAUAAGAUGGCACUUGCUUGUUGCACCAAGCUCACGCGCAACGUCGACGCCGAUCGAUCGGUAGGUCCUGCAGCGCGCGGCGGUUACUUGCACUGGCCUACCGCCUACCACCGCACCACCACCACCACCAACCGGCCGCAGCUAGCCGACACCAACAUCGCCGACAGCUCCCUCCCAGCAGCAGCCUCCUCUUCUUCUAUAGCUCCAUCAUCCAUCGGCUCAUCGUCGAUCAUCUUCUUCAUUCGUCUCAAUAUAUAUAUUCUCUGAUCGAUCGAUCGAUCAGGUCUCCAUCCCUCGAUCAGCUCUAGCUAGCUACCUUCUUGCUCGAUCGAUCCAUGAUCACCGCAGCCGGCCACCGCGAGGCAACAAAAAUCUAGCCGCCGGUCGGCGAUCGACAGGCCGCCCGCCGGCCGCGACGACGAUGGACUACGUGGUCGCCCGGAUGCAAGCAACAGGCCACACUAGUCCUUACAAUGCCGCCGUGCCGCCUGUUGCUCACUCCAUCGCCAUCGCCGCCGACCACCGUCCUCCACCAGUGUCGCAGAGGACGCGGGGCAGUGCGAUGAUGCAACGGCAGCGGCGUGAGGCACUUGAGCAGGAGGUGUCGGAGCUGAAGCAGCAGCUGUCCAACGAGGAGACGGUGCACCAGAUCCUGGAGCGCGCCCUGCAGCAGCCCAGCUCUCUCCGAUCCUCCUCCAUGGCCCUCACCAACAUCCCCGCCUUCAUCCCCACCAAGGCCAAGGAGCUGCUGGCGGAGCUGCUGCUGGUGGAGGAUGAGAUCGCCAGGCUGGAGGGCCAGAUCCAGAGGAUGAAGCAGGGAGCAGGAGCAGGAGCACGAGGAGGAGGCAACAGCGGCGCAAUGGCUGCCAUGCAGCAGCAGCCGCCGUCCGUGGCGGAGCACUGCAAGUCCAUGUUCUUCAUCAGCCAGGCCAUGGACGGCGAGGCGUACCUCAGCAAGGUGAAGAAGAGCCCCAAUCCCAAUCCCAAUCCCCAUCCCAAAGACGACGACAGGAGAGCCGCCAUGAACAGCAUGAGAAGCCCCAAGAACAACAUCUUCUUCGGUGGUGCGGCCGGCUUGCCGCCGAGGCAUUCCCUUGACAACAAGCAAUCGUCAGCAGAUGGGCAUGUGCAGGUGGUGGACAAGAGCACGAACAUCAACAAGCCGCCGGGCAGCAAGAUCGCCGCCGUCCUCCAGCACCAGCACCAGCACCACAACCAUGAGCUUCCCAUCACCAAGCAGAUCAGCCCCACGGUGAUCGCUGCUGCAAAGAGAGUGAGAGACCAGCCGCAGGCGCAGCCGCCCAACAAGCUGUCGGAGCGGAUCGUCAAAUGCCUGGUCUGCAUCUUCAUGCGGCUGCUCAGGUCGUCCCGGGUGUCCGAGAUGGAAAAGUCCGGCAACCUCGCCGCCAAGGGGGGCAGCUUCAGGAUGGACACGGGGCUCGUCAACGCAGCGGCCAACAAGGAGAAGCAGGAGAGGGGCCAGCAGGACCAUUACGGCAUCUUUGGCGUCCAGGACGCCAUCGUCAGGGACAUCGGCCCUUACAAGAACCUCGUCAGGUUCACCUCCACCUCUCUGGACCUCCUCAGGGGAUUCUCGGCGUCGCCGCUGCUGACGAAGCUGAGGGAGAUGCUGGAGGCGCUGCAGCAGGUGGAUGUGCGGUCCCUCAAUCACCAACAGAGGCUGGCCUUCUGGCUCAACAUCUACAACACCUGCAUCAUGCACGUACGUCUGUCUGUCUGUCUGUCUGUCUCCUUCAACUUCAAUUCAUCUGCACUGCAGAUCAAUGGGAUUCUGCAGCAUGGUUUGCCCUCAAACUCGGACAAGUUACUCGCACUCAAGAACAAGGCAACAAUCAACGUGUCAGGGCAAACCUUUAAUGCGUUGGUGAUUGAGAAUUUUAUCCUGAGGCAGCCAUCAAGUGUCAAAGAAGAAUUCUGGAAAUGCGACGUGGACGUGGAAGAACAGGCGGUGAGGGAGGUCUAUGGGCUCAAGACUUCAGAACCCAACAUUCUGUUUGCACUCUGCUGUGGCAUCAGAUCAUCGCCGGCACUCCGGAUCUACAAAGCGGAUCGUGUGGUGAUGGAUCUGGAGAAGGCAAAGCUGGAGUACCUGCAGGCGUCGCUGGUGGUGACGUCGACGAGGAGGCUGAUGAUCCCAAGCCUCGUCCACUCCAACAUGCAUGACUUUGCCAAGGACAUGGAGUCGCUGCUUCGAUGGAUCUGCGAGCAGCUGCCCACGUCCUGGUCCCUCAGGAAAUCCAUGCUGGACUGCCUCAACUUCAGCAGCACUACUAAUGUGAUGAUGAUGAUGACGACGAUGGAGGAGCUACCGGUGGAUGUCAUUCCCUUGGACUACGAGUUUCAGUACCUGCUGCUGCCCAUGUGAUGUGAUGUGAUGUGAUGUGAUGGAUGUCAUCAACUACUGAUCGUGCUACAUCUAAGUUAUUAAGUGAUACAUAGUACAUGAUACAUACAUGCAUGCAUGCAGAUCGAGUUGAUCGUGCACUCCACUCUAGUACUAUUCUUUACAUGUCGAUCGUCUGUCUGAUUAGGAAUCGAACAAGUAAUUUUUUGAAAGGUUGCUGGUGAUACAGCAUAUGUGUAAAAUUCUGAUGGCUGUAUGGUGAACUUUCCCUUACUUAUAGGAAAAACAAAAAACACGGCAAACUUGGUGUGUGCCAGUA